UUUGCCAAAGUUCCAUUGCUCGGUUUGUGGUAAAAAUUUCGUCAGACGUUAUAUUCUGGACCAACAUUUCAAAUCACAGCACACAAGAGAGCACUGCAACCAAAAUGACGAAUAGCUGGUCGGUCGCAAGCUCGACUUACUCGUUGAACGAAGUCGCGCUGCCGUUCGUCUGUCACCGCUGCGGCCGUCGCUAUGCCCACAAGUGCAACCUGAUGCGACAUUUGAGGCUCGAAUGCGGCAUUGCGCCGAGAUAUCAGUGCGAUCAGUGCAUGAAAAAGUUCAAGCAUCGGCACCACCUACGCGAACACGAGAAGAUUCAUGCCCUGGCGACUAUGUAUUAGUUAUUAUUAUAUUCUAGUCGGAACGAUUUUGAAGAUAUGAUUCCACCUUUCCUUUUUUAAUUUAUACAAUCUAUCGGCUGUAUGGAUAAGUCUGAUAUUAUGAAUGUACUCGAUUAUUUAAAAAAAAAACCUGUUGAUUUCUUUUAUGAAAUCGUGAGAAAAUUGAUUCUCCAUUGCGGUGCUACAAUCAGAAUAUGGUUGGUUUUUGAUGUUUUAAAAACGAUUAUAUUUUGUCAAACGAACGGGUAUAUGAUACUUUGUGAUACUUUUGAAGUGUAUGUAUGUAUUACAAAACUGACAAUUUAUAGAAAUAGGUACUCUAACUUUUUUUACUAAAAAAUACAUGUAUUUAUAAAAUUCAGAAUAAUGAUAAUAAAGAUAAUCAUUUUCUA